CUCCAAUUCCUUUCAACUUCGAAAAUCACAGUUAAGGAUAGUGUCAUCGUCUGUCUAUCAAUCCCACGAGUCAAGCUUUUACUUUAUUGGACUUCCGCGAUAACUACAUCAUGUCGAACCCUAACCUCAUGGAUAUCGAGCCCGGUGGUGAAAACACCCAGUAUGAAUCAAUUCGCUAUUUCACAGAGACUCCGCCGAAGCAGACCGGUCAACUAGGUGCCCACUGCGAGCACACAAGAAGUGAAUACAACCCGAUCCUCGGAGAUGACGAUGACGAAGUCAAUGAAAAGAAUGGGGACACGCCACUGGCACUGCAGCUCGAGAAGGGAGAGGCUACGUCUGGUCUCUCGGGAGUCGUGGAUAAAGAUUCAAAGCCCGAAACCCCAGAGGAGGCUGCAGCGCUGGCGGCAAGGCUCAGGAGAGAACAGGGAUAUGGGCCUGGCUCAGGUGUCGGGGCUUAGGUGCCACGAGAUAAUUGUAAAUAAAACAUGGGUAAUGAACAGAUUCUCCAAGAAUUCGA